CUAGAGCGAGUGAAGGAGGACAGCGGCCGGUGGCCGAGCACAGAGGGGCGAGCCACAGGGCCAGCGCUAGCGCCGAGCAACCGCCAGUACCCGCACAAAUACUCCGGGAACCGGCGGCGGCGUGUGCGUGUGGCCCGUGUGCGGGCGGCGGCGCGGGAGGAGCGCGGAGCGGCAGCCGGUUCGGGCGGGUGGCAUCAUGGACGAGAAGGUGUUCACCAAGGAGCUGGACCAGUGGAUCGAGCAGCUGAACGAGUGCAAGCAGCUGUCCGAGUCCCAGGUUAAGAGCCUCUGCGAGAAGGCUAAAGAAAUCCUGACAAAAGAAUCCAAUGUGCAAGAAGUUCGAUGUCCAGUCACUGUCUGUGGAGAUGUGCAUGGGCAAUUUCAUGAUCUCAUGGAACUGUUUAGAAUUGGUGGCAAAUCACCAGAUACAAAUUACUUGUUUAUGGGCGAUUAUGUUGACAGAGGAUACUAUUCAGUGGAAACAGUUACUCUGCUUGUAGCUCUUAAGGUUCGUUACCGUGAACGUAUCACCAUUCUUCGAGGAAAUCAUGAGAGCAGACAGAUCACACAAGUAUAUGGUUUCUACGAUGAGUGUUUAAGGAAAUAUGGAAAUGCAAAUGUUUGGAAGUAUUUUACAGACCUUUUUGACUAUCUUCCUCUCACUGCCUUGGUGGAUGGGCAGAUCUUCUGUCUACAUGGUGGCCUCUCACCAUCCAUAGAUACACUGGAUCACAUCAGAGCACUUGAUCGCCUACAAGAAGUUCCCCAUGAGGGUCCAAUGUGUGACUUGCUGUGGUCAGAUCCAGAUGACCGUGGAGGUUGGGGUAUAUCUCCUCGGGGAGCUGGUUACACCUUUGGGCAGGAUAUUUCUGAGACAUUUAAUCAUGCCAAUGGCCUCACGUUGGUGUCUAGAGCUCAUCAGCUGGUGAUGGAGGGAUAUAACUGGUGCCAUGACCGAAAUGUAGUAACGAUUUUCAGUGCUCCAAACUAUUGUUAUCGUUGUGGUAACCAAGCUGCAAUCAUGGAGCUUGAUGAUACUCUAAAAUACUCUUUCUUGCAGUUUGACCCAGCACCUCGCAGAGGCGAGCCACAUGUUACUCGUCGUACCCCAGACUACUUCCUGUAAUGAAAUUUUAAACUUGUACAGUAUUGCCAUGAACCAUAUAUUGACCUAAUGGAUAUGGGAAGAGCAACAGUAACUCCACAAGUGUCAGAGAAUAGUUAACAUUCAAAAAAACUUGUUUUCACACGGACCAAAAAGAUGUGCCAUAUAAAAAUACAAAGCCUCCUGUCAUCAACAGCCGUGACCACUUUAGAAUGAACCAGUUCAUUGCAUGCUGAAGCGACAUUGUUGGUCAAGAAACCAGUUUCUGGCAUAGCCUAUUUGUAGUUACUUUGCUUUCUCUGAGAGACUGCAAAUAAUAAGAUGUAAACAUUAACACCUCGUGAAUACAAUUUAACUUCCAUUUAGCUAUAGCUUUACUCAGCAUGACUGUAGAUAAGAAUAGCAGCAAACAAUCAUUGGAGCUUAAUGAACAUUUUUAAAAAUAAGUACCAAGGCCUCCCCUCUACUUGUGAGUUUUAAAAUCGUUUUGUUUAUUUUCAGGGAUACCGUUUAAUUUAAUUGUAUGAUUUGUCUGCACUCAGUUUUAUUUUCCCUUCUCAAAUCUCAGCCUCAUGUUGUUCUUUGUUACUGUCAGAACCUGGUGAGUUGUUUUGAAUGGAACUGUUUUUUUUCUCCCUGCUGUAAGAUGAUGUUACUGCACAAGAGCACUGCAGUGUUUUUCAUAAUAAACUUGUGAACUAAGAGCUGAAAAA